AUGAGGAACAACAAGAGCACAGGGAGAGACCGAAUUCCCAUAGAGCUGAUCAAAGCGGGAGGACCAAUUAUUUUGAACUCUCUUGGUCUUCAGAACAAUGAUCCUCGUCUGUCGGAAAUGAUAUCCUUUUUUAAAAACCACAAUUCACCGAAGAGUGAUAAAUUUAGUUCUACCAUUGGAGACGUUUUGCUCAAUUUUGAUGAAUUCAAACAAGCCAUCCAGUCGAACAUACCACUUAUAAAAAAGGCGUUCACCGGAGACAUGAUCAUUCCAAAUUUUGAGCAGUUUUGCUCGCACAUAGAUGAGAUAUUCAAUGAGUGUAAAGAGAUUCGGGGUGGAGCAGUCGCAACUUACAUUCCUCAACUAUCAAAAUUCAAACCUGAAUUCUGGGCAGUGUCAAUCUGCACGAUUGAUGGCCAGAGAUAUUCUCUCGGUGACAUUAAUGUUCCCUUCACAUUACAAUCUUCAGCAAAGCCAAUAAGUUAUGCUUUAGCUAUUGAUGAGCACGGAUCCGAUAUGGUACAUAAAUAUGUUGGAUACGAACCAAGCGGUGAAUCUUUUAAUUCCAUCAAAUUGAGUACAGAGUUGAAACCACACAAUCCAAUGAUUAAUCCUGGUGCCAUUGUCGUUUGUUCUUUAAUAAAAAAUAAUCUUCCAAUGGGGGAAAGGUUUGAAUACAUGAGAACCAAAUUUCAAUCAUUAGCUGGAGGUGAAUACGUCAGUUUCAACAAUGCGGUCUUUUUAUCUGAAAGAGCCACCGCCAACCGAAAUUUAGCUCUUGGUUAUUACUUGAAAGAACAUAACUGUUUUCCAAAAAAUACAAAUCUGGAAGAAACGCUUGAUUUUUAUUUUAUGAGUUGUUCAGUUGAAGUGACAGCAACAAGUGGAGCAGUUUUAGCGGCCACACUUGCAAAUGGAGGUUAUUGUCCCAUCACUCAAGAAAACGUUUUGCCUCAAAUAUCAGUUAGAAACACAUUGGCACUAAUGCAUUCCUGUGGUAUGUAUGAUUAUUCUGGAAGGUUUGCUUUCAAAGUCGGCCUCCCAGCUAAAUCAGCUGUGUCGGGCUGUAUUUUGCUCGUUGUUCCAAACGUCAUGGGCUUGUGUUUGUGGUCUCCUCCUCUAGAUAACAUAGGCAACAGCAUGAGGGGCGUACAUUUCUGUGACAAACUAAUUGACGUUUUUAAUUUUCAUCACUAUGACAGUUUGAUACGAACUGGUAAAAAAAUCGACCCCAGGUUAAGGCAAAUAGAAACUACGAGUUCUCAGUUAAUGUCUUUGUUGUUUGCUGCUCAUCAAGGAGACUUGAAAUCACUUAGAAGAUUGGCUCUAAUCGGAGCAGACAUGAACGUUACUGAUUAUGAUAACAGGAGUGCUCUCCACUUGGCUGCAUCUGGAGGCCAUUUGGAAUGUGUGAAGUUUCUAAUCGAAAGAUGUCAGGCAAACGCCAAUGUGGUCGAUAGAUGGGAGCACACUCCCCUUGAUAAUGCCGUAACAUUCAAGCAUUUAGAAGUUCAGAAAUACCUGGAAUCGUUUAUGACUUCAAAAUCAGCCUAG